CCGGGCUCAUGUCACAUGGCGGGCUUCUUACUCUCGAGGGGAGCGCCGAGGCGCCCGAGUGCGCCCCCGGGAUGGAGAGCGAAGCGGAGCGGCAACCGACAUCGCCCCUGCCGCCGUCCCCGCCGCCGCCUCGGUUCCAGCCCCUGACCCGGCAGAAGUCGCAGGCAGAGCUGCCGCUGGCGAGCUUCGAGGAGGAGCACUACGACUGGUACGACUACUACAACCUGCGGGAGUAUCCGAUCCGCGGGCCCGGCUGGAGCAAGGGACGCACCCGGCGGGAGCGGGAGCUCCGCACCAACCGGCCAGUGCCCGCGGGCCAUGAGCGGAAGAUUGCCCAGAAGCUCUACAACAGCCAGCGGAAGCGGCGCCAGCGCCAGCUGCAGCCCCGGCCUCGCACCCGACUCUGCUGAGGGGGCGGCUCCCGCGGCCCUGGUCCGACGGCCACGGCUGCACAGAGGACAUGUUAAAGUCUUUUCUCUGACUCCAUCUGUAACUGUUACCAUAAGGGAGAGUCCAUGUUGGUCACCAAAGCUUUCUCCUUGACACCUCAGUCAGUGCCUUUUCCCUUUGAGCUGUUCCUUCAGUAAGAUCUGUGUACAGUCCCUUUGGGUGUGUCUUCUCUUUAGGAUUCCUCAUUAAAGGAGAGCAGCAAGAAUGACUUCAACUCUUCUCUUUUGGUCAGUUAAUGUUAUUCCGAACACAAAAGUGGUUUUAAAAUAGAUGCUUAUAAGACAUUGAUGGGAUUGUGGCAAAUGCUGCUUUGUAGUUUAGAUACCAGAAUAAUAAAGAUUUAAUCUGUUGUAUUAUAUAGCAGGGCUGCUUAAACUUUUUCCACUCGCGCCCCCUUUUCACCUGCGACCCCAGGUACAUAGAUAAAACAAGUAUGUAUAACCUUUUACUGUUGCCAGAUUUUUUCACAACACCCACACUUAGACCCCAUAUGGAGUUGAGACCCACAGUUUAAGAAGCUAGAAUAUAUAGUGCCUGUACAUGUGCUUUUUCCAGCACUCACUCAUCACAAUGGCAGGCUUAUGUUAGGUAAGUUAAAAAUCCACCAAGACUGAUUUUUGCAAAUGUGCUAAAAAUAAUCAGGAGGUAUACUUAGCACCUGUGCAGAGGCCUGAACUUGGAGUCUGGAGCCUAGAUUUGAAGCCUGACUCUGCUAGUUAAUACCCAGUCUGACCUUGGGCCAGUCUGCUUUUAAUAUGGGACCCUUAAUUUCUUCAUCUGUAAAAUGAGAGAGUAGGAUACAUCAUCUCUAAAGACCUAGGGCAGUUAGGUGGCACAGUGGAUAGGGAAAGGGCUGGGCCUAGAGUCAGGAAGA